GGGGUGCACUGGGUAGAAAAUGGCACUGCAGGAAUCCGUGUGAAGCCCUGGGAUGGGAAUACGGCCCUGGAGCUUCAUCCUGGGGUGACAGUUUUGGGGGGGGCCCUGAAUUGGAGUGGGGUGUGUCCCACCCGUGCCCAGGGUGGGGGUGGUGCCACAGGGAAAGCGGGGACUAGCAGGAAUUUCGGGGUGUGGCCGCUGCCAGGCAGGCACGGGGUCACAGGGCAGGAGGGCUCUGCCCUCGCCCUUCCCGGGUUAAUGAUUUCCAAGGAAUCUCCCUGUGCAGAGCCCACGGCCCAGCUUUGCCCGGCGGGGUGCACCAUGGUGGAGGUGACAGUGACGCCGCAGUCCUCGCUGGCCGACCGGCCGGUGCAGAUCCGCGUGCGGGGACUGUCCCCAUCCCAACUCGUCACCCUGCGGGCAUGGCUGAAGGACGAGCAGGGCGAGUGCUUCCAAUCCCGCGCCUUCUUCCGCGCCGACGAAGCGGGAGAGGUGGAUCCCGGGCUCCAUGCCGCCCUGGGGGGCAGCUACUCCGGGGUCUGGCCCAUGGGGCUCUUGUGGUUCCUGCAGCCCGACACCCUUUUCCGCCGGCUGGUCAAGCGGGAUGUGGCCGGCAGCCCCUUCCGCGUGCGGCUGGAGGUGCUGGACGGGCUCAGCCUGGGCACGGACCCGCGGGAGCAGCCGCUGGGCUCCUGCGAGGCCGAGCGCUGGUACGUGGGCCCUGGCGUGCAGCGGGUGCCCGUCCGUGAGGGAAGGGUCCGUGGCGCCCUGUUCCUGCCUCCUGGUCCGGGCCCCUUCCCCGGAGUCAUCGACCUGUUUGGGGGUGCGGGGGGGCUGAUUGAGUUCCGGGCAGGGCUCUUGGCCAGCCGGGGCUUUGCCGUGCUGGCCCUCGCCUUCUUCGCCUACGACGACCUGCCCCGAGUCCUGGCCCAGCUGGACCUGGAAUACUUCGAGGAAGCGGCAGAGCUGCUCCUCCGGCAUCCCAAGGUCCGAGGCCCCGGCCUGGGCGUGGUGGGAGUCUCCAAAGGUGCGGAGGUGGCCUUGGCCAUGGCCACCUUCCUGCCACAGGUGGUGGCCACGGUGUGGAUCAACGGGACGAGCUUCCUGUACGGAAACCCGCUGGUCUAUAAGGAGCUGCGGAUCCCUGCCAUUCCCUACUACACCGAGCGCGUCCUCUUCACCGAGGUGGGAGCCAUGGACAACUCGGCCAUCUUCACGGACCCCCGGGAGCCCGCCCGCCAGGCCUCGGCCAUCCCGGUGGAGAAGAUCCGGGGCAAGGUACUGUUUGUGGUGGGAGAGGCCGACCGCAGCUUCAACAGCAAGCUCUUCGCCGAGCUGGCCCUGGCGCGGAUGCCGCCGGAGAGCGGCCGCAUCCUGUCCUAUCCCGGCGCCGGGCACCUGAUCGAGCCCCCCGGGUCCCCCCUGUGCAGCAACUCCAGCAUCCGGGGCACUCCCAAGCCGGUGGCAUGGGGGGGAGAGCCCCAGCCCCAUGCCCGGGCCCAGGAACACUCCUGGCAGGAGAUCCUGCAGUUCUUGGAGCUCCAUCUGGGGUCGGUUGCUGCCAUGAAGCUGUGAGGGGUGGGGAGAAGGGGUUGUGGUCACUGGGAUUGUCAUUGUGGGGAAUAAAG